CUAAUUUAUCUCUUGUCGCCACCAUCAGUCGGUUCCCAGCAGACUGGAUAGACCAGCUCAGAUCAACCGCUGCUAGUGCAUGCUGUCUACUCCAAAGUGGCCAGGCACAGCCACCCACGGCUCGGUGGUCCCGGAAAUUCCACUCGAGGCGCCGCACGCCGUGCCAUAUGCUGCUUGGCUUUUGGGGAGGAUACGUCAUUCAAUAUGUUGCCAAGAAAACAAUCUGUUGUCCAAUCUCCCUCUGCUUGGCUGGUAAAUUCAACGCCAGACAAUGGAAUCAUCCACUCGGGGCGUUUUCUAACUACAGAGGGCAGCUGGACCAGGAACACCCUCUGUGCUGUGACCAAUCGGCAGCAGCCCUACCAAACACCAGGGUUCAGCGCAGAGCACAGCGCAAGAACGCCUACAGCGCCCGGCCAGUUCGUGACUGACCUUGGUCCGGUGGUGCAGCGCAGGCCAGCAGACCUCUGGCGGAUGAGGCAAACCGCCCACUCGUGCUGCAGCCCCGUGUGCGCAUUGUAGAAGAUGAUGUUUUAAAAAAGCGAAAUACAGGCGCUGAGCGGUGUAUUAAAUAUCAGGCUGAACGUAUUUUGUCUUUAUCCACCUCUUCUUCCUUCUUUUCCUUUUUCUUCUUCUUUUUUUCUUUUUCGCCUAACCUGCUGCUACUGCUACAUCUCUGCUGUUACGACUGCUUUCGCGCCAAAACUAGCACCCACGCUUACAGCGGUCUACAGCGCCCUGCCCUCGUCCCCCUCCCCCCAAAAUACCACACCACACCCCUCGCCACGCCCUACAAGCCUCCACUAAAAAGCUCACUUUUUGUUUUAUUUUCUCACCAAAUCCUUCCCCUUCGGCGGCCUUUGUUCUUUUUUCGGCGCUGGCUUUCCCCGCCACACACACCCGCCCCCGCCGCGCGCUACUCCUCUCGCUGCUGCCACUGCGACGCUGCUGCGCUAAAGGCUCUUCCUGCGGUCCCCCAACCUCGUCCAUACACACAACAACCGCAUCGCCGCCGCUACCGUCACUUUUUUUUUUCUUGUUUCCCUCUUUACUGGCUGCUCCCCGUUGUUUUUGGUAAUCAAUCCUGCCUGUCUUUUACAGACUAUUUUUUGCAUUGCCAGUCACAGGCCACCGCCCUUUUUCCGUCGAUUCGCUCGCCGCCUUGGGCGCAAAACCAGCCUCGGCGAUAGCAUCACUACACCCUCGACGCGCGACUUGAGCCUAUAAACAACUCCCCAAAGACUGCAAUGUCGACCUACCAGGGCCACGGGCGGAACUCGUCCUAUGGCGGUUCCCCCCGAACCCAGUACAAUGGAAACCAUCCCCCGUAUGACCGCCCGUAUCGUUCGCACCGUCGUCGUCCACUUUCCCGUUCUCGUUCCCGCCCUCGCUAUGCUCCCCGCCCUCUUUAUUCUAUUCGUCCUCUUCGUCCGCUCCGUCCCCUUAUCCCCUUGAAACCCAUUGAACCCAUCCGCUCUAUACGCUCCCGUUCAUUAUCGUCUAACCCGUACAGCAGACCGCCUCAGCAGCAGCAGUAUCAUGGACACUACCCACAGCAGGGUGGCCGUUCUCCGCAGCCUGGCUACAACCCAUACCAGCAGCCCCCGCCUCAGCAACAGUACUACCAGCCGCAUCCGCAGCAACAGCAGCAGUACCAUUCGCCGCAGCCCUACCAGCAAGGCCCGCCUCAAGGCUACCGGCCAUCCUCCUCCUCCGCGCGACCCAUCCAGCCGCCGCCCCAGAACCCGCAGCAAUUCGGCUCUGGCGCCCCCUCCGACUACUCGUUCCAAUACUCGCAGUGCACCGGCCGCCGCAAGGCCCUGCUCAUCGGCAUUAACUACUUUGGCCAGCGCGGCCAGCUACGCGGCUGCAUCAACGACGUGCGCAACAUGACAUCGUACCUCUCGGAGCACUUUGGCUACCGCCGCGAAGACAUGGUCAUUCUCACAGACGACCAGCAGAACCCCAUGUCGCAGCCCACCAAGCAAAACAUCCUGCGCGCCAUGCACUGGCUCGUCAAGGACGCCCGGCCCAACGACUCCCUCUUCUUCCACUACUCCGGCCACGGCGGCCAGACCAAGGACCUUGACGGUGACGAGCCCGACGGCUACGACGAGGUCAUCUACCCCGUCGACUUCCGUCAGCGCGGCCACAUCACCGACGACGAAAUGCACCGCAUCAUGGUCCAACCUCUCCAGGCCGGCGUCCGCCUCACGGCCAUCUUCGACUCCUGCCACUCCGGCACCGCCCUCGACUUGCCCUACAUCUACUCCACGCAGGGUAUCCUCAAGGAACCCAACCUGGCCAAGGAGGCGGGACAGGGCCUGCUCGGCGCAAUCAACUCGUACUCCCAGGGCGAUCUGGGCGGCGUCGCUUCCAGCCUCGGCAAGCUCUUCAAGCGCGCUACUUCGGGCGACGACGCCUACGAGCGCUCUCUCGCUACAAAGACCUCGCCUGCCGAUGUCGUCAUGUUGUCUGGCAGCAAGGACGAUCAGACUUCUGCCGACGCAACCAUUGCUUCGCAAGCCACCGGUGCCAUGUCCUGGGCCUUUGUCCAGGCCCUCAAGAAGAACCCGCACCAGAGCUACGUCCAGCUGCUCAACUCGAUCCGCGACGAGCUCGAGAAGAAGUAUACCCAGAAGCCGCAGCUCUCCUGCAGUCAUCCCCUCAACACGAACCUCUUAUUCGUCAUGUAACUGUUUGUGUUUUUAUUCUUAUGCCCACGUUAUUUCAUUCUUUAUACAUACAUUCACAUCCUUUUAUUUCACGGCUGUGUUCUCUUAUGCGUUUCCCUUUUUUGGCAUACAAGCGUCAUUUUUACAACAGUACACAUACAAAGAAGCUAUUUCGAGAAGGAGGGUUAGGAAUAGUCUUCAUAUAACAGAAAAAUCUACAUGUUAUGAUUCCAAAUCAAAUGAAAUAAAUACUGCGCUCCGUGAUAUCCUAACCCAUAAAACGCCAGCCAAGAGAGCCCGGUAUGAAAUUUCGUAUAGACCUUGCCCGCCAAUGAAUGCAAAUGAACAAUAACCACAUGUAAAACUCCCCCUUAAUCAUUUCUCUCCUUAUACUUCAACAACCCGCAGUCUUCUUGACCGUCUAGUCUUCUUACCCUCCUCCGUCACCGCAACGAUUCGCUUACGAACGGCUUCCUGCCCAGCCCACUGGCGAGCAGAAAUCUUCAUCCUCGCCACAAAGCGUGCCAUGACAAAGAAUGUUUUGAGGGUUGGCUUGCGGUCCUCUUCGCUCUUUACCUUGGUUCGCAGCUGCUGGCGGUUACCGAGCAAGUUGACGCGGAUGUGCUCCAGCUCCCGCAGCUGGGCCUUGUUGCAAGCAUUGGCAACAUCAAGCUGCAGUUGCACAAAGCCCUUUGCAAACGCCGCAUCAGCACGCAAGCUAGCCUCUCGGACCCAACGAGCCUGCAUCCAUUCCAUCUGCAUAACCAUGCCCUUGACUUCCUUGCGGUGCUUCUCUCGAGCCCCUUCUGACGCUCGCACAACGCUCUCUAGUGCAGCUUCAGCCUCGCCAUUAGCGGUAAGCAGUCGCUGGUGCUCAGCAGUAGACUGGCUUCGGAGGAGGUCGCGCUGCAGCUUCUCAGCGCUCAUGCGGAAAGCUCCUCGCUCGGCGCGAACACGCUCAAGUUUACGGCGCAGUGCACUCUCCGCCUCGGCCAAGGUCUGCAGCAUCUCUUGUUGCUGGACGACAUCGUGUUCCAAGUUUUCAAUCUCAGCCUGCGACUUGCGGAGUGACCGUGAUUUCUUGUCUUUGCUCGAAUCUGACACAGCAGCAGCCUCCAAUACGGCGUCGCGUUCUCGUGACAUCUUUUUCAGUUCGUGCUGCAGUCGUUGAAUUUCACGCUCAUAGUCGGAAGCCAUUUCUUCCGCUUGCUGCCGCGCUUCUUCCAAAAUCUCUUCCAAAACAAUCUUUUGAUCCUCUGCAUCAUUCAGCUGCUCCUGGAGCUCUUCAAUAAGCUCCGUUGUCUCAGCGUGUGCCGGUGCAGGCUUAGCUGGAGAGCGAGCUGGGGAUUUAGUAGAGAUCUUGGCCACUUGGUCGUUGUGGAUUCGGCUCUCGAGUUGCGCAAUUUCUUGUCGAAGAUUCUUAACCAUAUCCCUGUGAGCGGACUCCUUCUGAAUAAAGUCGAGCUCCUUUUGCCUAGCGGCCGAAAGAUCACGUCUAAUAAAGGAUAGUUCGACGUCCACAUCGCCAGUGUUCACAGCUGCCAAUCGGGUUUCGUAGUCUUCGAUGCGACGCUCCAACUCACGAAUGGUUCGCCUGGUGGAGGCGCCGUCAGUUGUCUCCGUCGAAGUAUUCUGGCGCAGUUUGGACUGAAGCUGCAAAAUUUCCUGGCUAAGUCGCUCCUCUUCCUCAGCAGCCUUCUCAAUCUCGUCCUCCAGUGCCGUUUCCGCAGUCUUCCUCUGUCGAGCAAGGGCAUCAUUCUCUUCCUUCAAACGGCGAAUCUCGUUGUCUAGCUUGAGCUUAGAUGUUCGUAAUUCCAACCGUUCCUUAUCAAUCACAGCAACAUCACUCUCCUUUGCACCAGCUCGUCGUAAAGCGCUGUUGAGCUCAUCGCGCUCGGCACGAAUAGUUGCCAGUUCAUUUUGGAGACUUCGCUUCUCAGCAGUAACUUUAUCAAGCUUGGUGUUCGCUUCAGAGAGCUGGUUCUUAAGCUUAGAGGGAGAUGCGGCCCCUCUCUGGCUAAAGAAUGAUGCACCAUCACCACGGAGAAGAUUAGAGGCAUCGUGUGCAGAGCGAAGCAGUCGGAUCUCUUCACGCAAUCUCUCGCACUCCUGCGUAGCGCGUGCAUCUGAGCGGCUAGGCGUCAUGGCUGAGCGACUAGGUGUCAUGGUGGAGGGACGAGCAGAGCGGGCCGUCUCAAGGGCAUCUUCCAAAGUCGAUACCUUGUUAGCCUGUGUCUGAUAAUUGAUCUGCGACUGGCGAAGCUCAUCUCGAACAGCGGAGAGCUCGUUGCGCACACUAGUCAGUAGAGUCUGGCGGGUUUCGAGAGCAUCUUGGAGGUCGUCGAUCUGCUUGGAGAGUAACCCUUCCUCGGAGCGGUGGCGGUCAUUUUCGCUUUGUAUAGCCUGUUGGAGUUGCGUCUCUUUAUCUGAAAGUGAUCCCUCUGCCAGGCGAAGACGAUCAAUAGUGCGCUGCAAGCCUGCAGCCCGGUCUUCCGCCAAAUCACGUUCAGCCUCUAGCCUCUGCUUGUCGUUUUCCCAUUUCUCACUGUCAUUAUCAUACAGGUUGUCCUUUUCGCGUAUGUCCGCUUGGAGGUCGGAAAUUUCGUCGUUCAGUCGUGCCAAUUCGUCUGCAUAUUGACGUUGGAGAUCCUUGUCUGCUUCAGCCAUGAAAGCUUUUUCCUUCUCUACAGCUGCUUCCAAAUCUUCGAUUUCCUUCUCUAGCCGCUGUACAUCUUCUUGGAGACCUGCAGACUCAGCAUCAAGAGCUUCGUUGCGUGCUUGAAGGGCCUCCUUCUCCUCAGACUGAGAAACCAGAGCCAGCUCGAGUUCUUGGAUCCUUGUGUUUGCGGCUCCGUCUUGUUGGUCGUGACUGGAUUUGGCCUGCUCAAGGUCAUGGAUGGUACCGCGCAGCUGUUCGUUUUCGGUGUUGGCGUUGGUAAGUUCGGAUUCGAGGGCAGCGUAGUCCUUCUCAGAUUUCUCGAGCUCGCUUUGUAAACGAAUCACCUUUUCGUCUAUCUGGCGAGACAGGCCCUUUGUUACAACGGAUUUGUCGGCCAUUUCCUCCUGUAACUCUUCAAGAUUUUGUUCCACGCGCUCUUUGUCCAUUGUUACAUCUUUCAUUUUGUCUUUUAGCUCGUCGAUCUCAGUCUCCAGGCUACGGAUGGUGUGCUCUAGAUCCUGGAUUGUUUCCUUGGCUUCUUCAAGUUCUUCGUUAUCCUCCUCGUUGUCUUGGCCCGCUUUGUGUUCAGCGUCCUUGAUUCUCUCCUCCGCUUCCUCGAGCUUCUCCUUCAUUGCUUCUAGUUCAUCCUCGCGCUCUGUCAACUGGCGAUCUUUGUCGCGGACAUCGGCUUGUAAAUCUUCAAUAUUAUCUUGGAGCUCUGCCAGCUGGUCGUUGUUAUCUCGCUCUUCGUUGAGCUUUUGUCGCAAAUCCUGUACAUCACCGUCGCGUUCUUCCAGCUCGUGGCGUAGUUGGUCAACCUCGUCUCGUAGGUGUGAGUCAGCGGCGUGAUGAUCCAGCUUUUCUUGCAUUUCUACGAGUUGGCUGCGUAGAGUUUCGACUUCUCUCUCCGUCACUAUCAGUUGCUUCUUUUGACGGUGCAUCUCUCUCUGCAUUGUGACCUUGUCCACCUUAAGUUCAGUGUUUUCCUUCAAGGCAGCUUCACUGAAGCCAGGGCCGGCUUUGCGGAGAGCUUCUUCAAGAAAGUGAAUCUUGAGCUUGAGGCCGAAAUUCUCCUUUUCUAUACGAUCAAUCACAUUCUCUUGCUCUCGUAGUGAUAGCUGGUUGCCAUCUUGUAACGGUCCUUGGUCAGCACCGUUGCGGCGCGGAAGUGCCAGCGGCGUUGAAGCUACACUACUGCUGUCAGCUACCGGAAGGCUGGUAUGAUCCAUAUAUGACUGGCGUGAUGAUGAAAACAUGGAGUUGUCAAUCGUAGGUAGUGCGGUAAUAUCAUUUUCGUCGAUUCGGUCGAGUCCUGGUGUGUUGAAGAUGUUGUUUCCGUUCUCUUUCCCACGGCGUCGAACACUGUUUCUGGUUGCCGACUUCAGCAUGGGAGUGAACUCUGCUCCUCCGAUGCUUGGUGGAAGGUUCUGUCGAUCAGUUAGGGGAUUCCGUCGUGGUGUUCGGAUUUGGCCCCCUCUGCCAUCUCGUAGCUGGUCCAGCACAUUGCCAUCUUUUGAGGGAGACUGGAAGGACAGCUCUUGUGAAAUAUCGCCAAAGUCCGGCGCUCGAUCGAGGUAAGUGGCAUCGCCAAUAUUUGUUCUAGGCGUGUCAAGGGCGCCGCCGUAGCCCGGUCGAACCAUAAUGGGCUGCUGCGACGCGGCAAAAUGGUUGGUGCAGCGUGCAAGUUGUGUAGCGUUCGUGAGUUGGUAGUCGUUCUUUAGAUCGUGUCGCGUAGUCUAGUGAUAAUCAUGAGGGCGAUGGUGGUUAUGUAGCAAUACUGGCCAGCAUGAGAACCAAAAACAGAAGCGUAAACACAAAGGGUUGGCGUGGUGCAAGGAGGAAAACGGUCGAGGCCUGGUGUAUGCAGACUUCACAAACCUGCUUGGGCAUCCAAAUACCAAUCAAAUGAAGCCCCAAGAAAAAGCCUUGGUCCCGCGCGAC